CCUUGCGAUGCUUGCGACGGCCGCGGCUGGACGAUCUGUAGCUUCUGCAAUGGCCAGAAGACGAACGUCCAAGUGAGGAAGAGCCGAUUCUACCGCCGCUGCCCUUCCUGCAAAGCUGUUGGAGCUAUGCUUUGCUCUCACUGCCGAGUCUUUCGAUGCAUUACAUUUCCAAAUGAAAGCGAUGGAACCUUAGGCCUACAGUGAUCAUUUAAGUUUAAUUUGAGGACACACGUUGAGCUUGGAAGCUGCCACAGUUCACUCCGCGUGGCAAAAGGAUCUCGUGGUAAGGCCAGAGCAGCAACGCAUAUCUAAACUUCCCGGGAGCAAUAAGUGGUCAAUUCCUUGCAAAGUUUUCUAAAGCCUUAUAUCUUCUUCGCUCUGUUUCUAGGUCUCACAACUUUUGGAGGGCGAAGGAGAGGGCUUGUUUGGAUAGACCAAGCUACGGCAAUGGCGUCUCUCAAGGCAGUCUCAGUGACCCAUGUCAGGUACGAGGUUGGCGACGAUAUUGGGCAUCUAAUGGCGUGGGCCUCGCUACUGCCCAUUCUCAUCUCAGCGGGAUUCGUCUCCCACUUCAUCUUCCGGAGAGAGCUCCUGGCGAUGUUCUUCGCCGCCGGGCUCAUCAUGUCCGAGUUUUGCAACGAGAAGAUCAAGGAGGAGGUGAAGCAGGCCAGGCCACUGACUUGCGAGCUGCUCGAGAUGUGCGACUCCCACGGUUGGCCUUCCAGUCACUCGCAGUACAUGUCCUUCUUCUCCACAUUCAUCAGCUUGUCGGCGCUGUUCAGAUGGUCCUUCCACGGCUCGCUGAGAAGGGCGAUGGUGGUGCUACUCCCGUGGCCUUUCGCGGUGCUCACAAUGUACUCGAGGAUCUACCUCGGCUACCACACAGUGUCACAGGUUUUCGCCGGGGCCGGAGCUGGCCUGGUGAUGGGCAGCUUGUGGUACUUCGUGGUUUACAGAUUGAUGGUGCCGCUCUUCCCAGUGAUUGAGGAGACGAGGAUCGCUCGCGCCUUCUACAUCAAGGACAGCGGCCACAUUCAAAACGUUCUCAAGUUUGAGUAUGAGAACUCGCGGAGAGCUCGCAGGGGCGGCGCCACCGCCGAUGGAUCCAGCAAGCUCGUUGCUCCUCCGCCCUCGAGGAGGAAAGUCUCCACUGACUAACUUCUAGUGUUGUUUGAAAGCGCUCUGGAAAUUUCUAGGGUUCAGCUGAAAUGAAUAACUUAACUAAAUAUUCUCUGCCCUAAA